AACUUAAAAGAGCGCUUCCGGUGAAAUGCCGAGUUAAGCGCAGGGUUAGGGUGAGCAGCUCGGUUCGGAGGUCCGGUCUGAUCCAUUCCGCAUCACUUCAGCCUGUUUUAACAUUUUAGCUGCUGUACUGGUUGGAGCCGCCUUGAGUUCGGUCCGGUCCGGACCGGCUGGUGCCGUGCACUUUAAUUCAAUCUACUCGCUGACGGUCCCCUAAACUCGCUCCAGCGCUCUGAAGGCAUCACCAUGUUGUCUGGCCUGCAGUCGACCCAUGACCUCGCCCUGGCCUGUGGUCGCUGCUGCGUCCAGGAGAACCAGAUCACCUUCACACUGAGGCCUGGCCAGCACUGCUGUGAGCAGCAGGUGCUGCUCUGCAGAGCCAAGGGGAGCGGUGCUUGGAGGCCCGUCUCCAAGCGGCCAACGUUUCCAAACCCAAAGCGAUACGAAGUGUGCUGGCACUUCAAGGAGGGCCAUGGCUGCACCGUGCACAAGAAUCGCUGCACCUACGCCAGGAGCGAUGAGGAAGCUGCAGUGUGGACGUUUGAAAAGCAACAUGGGAUGGACCAUCAGCGACUCUGCAGCAUGUUGGCUCAGUCCAAGAGCAAUGCCGAGCAGAAACCCAGUGCAGGAGAAGCUCAACUAGAUCUGCUGGCUGCUCUGGAUCUGAAGGUCGCUUGUGAUUUAUGCUCCAACCAGGACAAUGAAGUCACGUACAGCAUCCAGCCGGUUAUCCACAAGUGCAGCAGGAGUCUCCUCCUAGGUAAAGGAAAGGCAUCCAGCCAGUGGAAGGUUGUCUCUGAGCGGCCCACAGGGGCACACAUGGGUCCCGGAGUCGUUUAUAAAGUAUGCGACUACUAUGUCGCGGGUUCUGGGUGUCCCAAGCACACUCUGGGUCAGGGCUGCACCUACGCCAGGAGCUCUGAGGAGGCCGCUGUGUGGAACCACCUCAAAGAGAAGAAGAUCAGUAAAAGUGAGUUGAUCAGACACAUAGCCGAGUCGGACCCGGGUCCAGAAACUGCAGAACAGGCAGCUCAGAGCAUUCUCCAGAACUUCUCUGGUAAGUUCAUCGAGUUCUGCAAACAUUGUUUUCUGGAGCGGCCAACGAAACUGUCGCCAAAGCGGUGGAACGAGACGUGCUCUGCAGACGCAGCUCACUGCUGGGAGCCGGUGUUGGUGCACCACCUGUCAGAUGGCGGCGCCAAGCACACCUUGAGCCAGGUGCGCCCCCCACCCCCUCACCGCCACUUCACCUUCUGCAGCCACGUCAGGCAGGGGAAGCCCUGCUGGCACCAGGCCGGCCACUGCCAGAAGGCCCAGAGCGAGGUGGAGAUGGCCGUGUGGAAGGUGGAGCGCAGCGGCCUCUCCAUCCGGCCUCAGCUCCUCCAGCUGAGCCGGCAGCGCCAUCCGCAGGCCGAGCAGGUCUCCGUCUUCUGCAAGGUGUGCCUCUUGCUGCUGUCAUCCCCAGAGAGCUUCUACAAGCACUGCUGCAGCUUGGAACACGCCCAGCUGCUGGCGCAGGACACCACCAUCAGGUGGAGACAACGGCAGCCUCCACACAGCCGCCGGGCGGAGCUGUGGCUCUGUGACAGGUAAACAACUUAUCUUUAGCAGAACCGCCACCGGAUCAAGAUGAGGUUCUCCAGAGCAGGGCCCACAUCUAGGCCACUGAUCUGAUUUCAUCUGGAACAACUCGCCACCAAUCCACAUCCAGAGACGAGCCGCACGGUUUUCUAACCAGUCUAACCUUUUCUAUGUUGAUAAAUGUACUCAUUUAGCAGAAACCCAACAGUAUGUGUCUCUAAAUCAGAUCAGAGUCCAAUAGGACAGAU